AUGAUACACCUGGCACGCACUGCUGCGGUGUGUGUGGAGGCGCAGCUUCAGGGCCCUGUGACUAUGGGGGAACAGUGCGCUGUGCAUCCGGGUGCUUCUUUGUGCUCUUCAGGCGGUCCUAUCAUCCUGGGUGAGCGCUGCUUCGUCGAGGACGGAGCCUUGCUUGUUAACGACGCGCCUGACGAGAUGCAGAUCGGCAGCAACAAUUUGUUUGAGAGCGGCUGCGUGGUGCAAAGCCGCCGCGUGGGAGAUGGCAACUGGUUUGAGCCCAAGUCGCAAGCCCAGAAGGGCUCCGUGAUCGGUAGCAAUUGCUUCAUUGGCAGCGGCGUUGUAGUGGCCGCGGGCGAGCAUAUACGGGACAACACCAUCCUUGUGGUGGUGCAGACACCGCAGGGUGACAUUCGUCGGGUAACGAGAGAGCAAAAAGAUUAUCUCAUUGCGACACAUGCUGGGUUGAUUCAGAAAUACGCAGACAUUUUUCCUAGAGGCUCAAAAAGCGCUUACGCACUCGAGAAACACCACGAACUGCGGCAAUAA